UUUUGCAAGUUAGCGACGCUCGCCGCGCGCAGGUGUGUGUGUGUGUGUGUGUGUGUGUGCGCGGCUCUCCCGACGGAUUUCCCGGGUGUGGGGGGGGGAAGGAAGAAAAAUGGCUCGGUUCCGCUCGGUUCUGCUCCUCCUGCUGCUGGCGGAGGUGCUGGGCUCUCGGGCGCCGGACAGUCCGAGGAGAACCAAGCGGGAGUGGCUGGUGCCCCCGGUCGGGAUUCUCGAGAACCGAAACUACACCCUCAAGGAAUUCAUCGCCAAGAUCCGUUCCGACAAGGACAAGCAGGAGACGGUGGAGUACUCCAUCACCGGGGCGGGCGCCGACCGGCCGCCGUACAACCUGUUCACGGUGGAUCCCGCCACCGGGUUCGUGCGCAUCAACAGCGUCGUGGACCGGGAGAAGCGUCCGUCCUACAAGCUCAUGGGCGCCGCCAAGUACCGGAACGGCACCGUGGCGGAGGUGGACAUCCCGCUGACCAUCAACGUGCUGGACGAGAACGACAACGCGCCGUACUUCCAGCCGCACUCCGGGAACGUCACCGAGGCGAGCAAGAAAGGAACGUUCGUCAUGCAGCUGGAGGGGAAGGACGACGACCAGCAGGGGACGCUCAACUCUCAGAUCGCCUACAGCAUCGUGAGCCAGGAGCCCCGAGGCUCCGGGAACAUGUUCUCCGUGGACCGGAACACCGGGAAGCUCUACGUCAAGGAGGCCACGCUGGACCGGGAGACUCACGACUUCUACCGGCUGGUGAUCAGAGGAACCGACAUGGGCGGGGCGCCGGGCGGCCUCACCGGAACCGGAACCGUGGAGAUCAAGGUGCUCGACAUCAACGACAACAUUCCCGAACUGGAGGAGUCCGAGUACUCGGGCUCGGUGGACGAGAACGUGGCGGACGUGGUGGUGAUGCGCAUCAAGGCGCGGGACGCCGACCUGGAGCACACCGACAACUGGCUCACCGUCUUCACCAUCGCCAAGGGCAACGAGGACGGGCUGUUCUCCAUCGAGACGGACCGCGAGACCAACGAGGGCGUCCUCAAGCUCGUCAAGCCCGUGGACUUCGAGGAGGUGAAGAACCUGGAGCUGGGCCUGAUGAUCGAGAACGUGGCGCCGUUCGUGGACGGCCAGGCCGUGCUGAAGGACGUGGACGUCCAGGUGGGGGAGGGCGGGCCCGCGGCGGGGGCGGGGGCGGGGGCCGGAGCCGGGGCCGGGGCCGGGGCCGGGGCCGGAGCCGGGGCCGGAGCCGGGGCUGGAGUGGACCUGGGGCUGGACGCCGGCGUGGACGUCGGCGUGGACGCCGGCGCGGACGCCGGCGCGGACGCCGGGGUCGGAAUCGGCGUGAAACCGGGCGCCGGGGUCAAGCCCGGCGUCCGGCCGGGUCCAGCCGGCUCCGAGGCGAAGCCCGACGCGCCGGGGAAAAGCUACCCCGUAAAGAUCGCCGUCAACAACGUCCCGGAAGGCCCCGCCUUCAGACCCGACACCAAGGUGGUCCCCGUCUCCGAGGACCCGGGGGAGGCGCCGGAAGAGGGCGCCGUGGUCACCGUGUUCGCCGCGGUGGACCCGGACACGGGGGAGGUGGCCGAGGACGUCACCUACGCUAAGGCCUACGACCCCGACAACUGGUUCAGCAUCGACGAAGAAACGGCCGAGAUCCGGCUCAACAAGCUUCCCGACAGAGAGUCGCCGUUCCUCGUCAACGGAACGUACACCGCCAAGAUUCUGGCCAUCAGCAAAGACGAUCCUUCGCAGACGGCGACGGGAACGAUCGCGAUCCAGGUGGCGGACUCCAACGACCACUGCCCGACGCUGAGCGCCGUGCGCAGCAGCCUGUGCUCCGACCAGAAGACCGUGCACGUGAGCGCCGUGGACGAGGACGCGGAGCCCAACGGCGCCCCGUUCACCUUCAGGGUGGCGGAGGAAGGGACGCAGGGGAGCUGGGAGGUGGAGGCCAUCAACGGAACCGCGGCGGCGUUCCACUCUCGGGACGCUCUCUGGCCCGGAUCGUACGAGCUCCGGGUGGAGGUUCUGGACGCGCAGGGUCUGCGGUGCGACGCCGGAGAGACCUUCACCGUGGACGUGUGCUCGUGCCGGGGGGCCGACCACUGCGGCGUUCAGGCGGAACGUCCGGUGUCCACGUCCUCCGGGCUGUCGCCGACGUUCUUCGGCCUGCUGCUGGCGGCGCUGUGCCUGCUGCUGCUGGUUCCACUCCUGCUGCUGUUCUGUCAGUGUGGCGGGCCGAACGGCAUCUUCCCGGACCAGUUCAGCGAGCUCCCCUUCGAAACCAAAGAGCACCUGAUGGCCUACCACACCGAGGCUCCGGGGGAAGACCAGGAGGUUCCCCUCCAGAACGUUGCUAUCAUGCUGGGAACGCAAAGAAAAGUCGAAACUUCCGCGGCAGCCGCGGCGGGGAACGUCUUCUCCGCCGUCGUCACGGCGACGCAGCGGGGGACGUUCUUCAGCGAGUCCCAGCGGCAGCACGUCGAGGACUUGUCCAUGGAAGUGGACAACGCCUACCACUUCUCGCGUCAGGGUUCCCGCCGCCGCAGCGGCCGAGCUGUGGCUAGCCGGGCGGCGGCGGCGGCGAGCGGCCGCCACGCCGUCGCUCUGUACGACGACUUCGCGCUCCCGGAAGAAUUCCUUCGGGAUUACUACUCUCAGAAAGCGGCGUGCACGGUGGCAGCGAGGGACAGCUUGUUGGAGUACGACUCGGAGGGCCCGUGGUCCGCCGCCGGCUCGCUGGGCAGCUGCGGCCUCCUGGAGGAGGACGGCGACCUGGACUUCCUGUCUGACCUCGACCCCAAGUUCAAGAGGCUAGCGGAGAUCUGCUCCCCGCCCGGGGCGCGCUUGGUCGAGGCGCGCUCGGUCGAGGCGGCGCGAUCGGUCGAGGCGCGAUCGGUCGAAGCGCGCUCGGUCGAAGCACGCUCGGUCGAGGCGCAUUCCGCCGAGGCGCGCUCGGUCGAGGCGCGUUCGGUCAGAACGCGGUCUGUUGAGGCCUCAGAGUCCGUCCUCAACAAGAACCAGUCCUCCCUCCAAACCGAGACGCUAACGGCAGCCAGCGCAGGAAGCAGCGCCACCCUUUCCUCCGCCGCGGUCGCCGGCCUCCGCCGUCCCGCCGUGUCUCCGCCUCUUUACUACGCCGCCAACCCGGUGGUCCCCCUGCAGUACGUCCCCGGCCUGUACGUCCUGGGCGGACCCCAGAGUCCGCCCGGACUCGUGGUUGCCGAAGCGUCCGCGGCUAGCGCCGCCAGCCCCACCGUCCUGCUUCCCAUGGGCUCCAUUUUGCCGCCAAAUCCCACGAGCGGCUACAUGCUAGUCGGCGACCCGAAGGGUCCCGGCGGGGCGGUUCAGUUGGACCCGGGGCCCCCGUUGGGGACCCUGCCCCGAGGUGCUGUCCUGGUGAACCCGGCUGCCCCCCCUCAGGGGGCGUUAGGCUUGGCGGCGCGGGGUUCGGAUCAGCCAGGGGUCGUCGGGUCGCGAGCCGUUUUUAAUGUCGUUGGCCGGCUAACCGCUAAUUGUGUGAAUCUGUCGUCGGGAAACGCCGUCGCAGAGACGGCGGAACGUAUCGAAACGUCGUCAAGUCAUUCAGCUAGCGAGAAUAGAGAAUUAGCUUUUAGCACCAUUCAUGCUAACGUCGUUGAGAGUGCGGAACAAGGUGGGAAAUAACUAGAAUAAAUUUUUUUUUUUCUUAUCCUGUUAGCAUUAUAAGUUGUAGCGGCUUCACUUUUAGCUUUUUAAGGCAAUUUAGCUUUCUUAGCAUUGUUAGCUUGUUACACCAAAAUUAGCUCUACAGGCAUUUUUAGCUUAUCUCACAUUAGCCAGCUUAGCAUCAUUAGCUUAUUAAGCCAAUCCUAAAAUUUGUUUAGCUCUUUGAGACAAUUUAGCUUCUUUAGCAUUUUAGCUUGAUCGACCAAAUUGGUUAGCUUACCAUUUUUAGCUUAAGUCAAUUUAGCUAUCUUAGCAUUUUUAGCUCUUUAAGCUGAAUUAGCUCUUAACAUCUUAGCUGAUUAAAUCUAUAUUAGCAUUUUUUAGCUUACUAAGCUUCUUUAGCUAUCGCAGCAUUGUUAGCUUCUUAAACUAAUUUAGCUAUAUAAAAAUUUUUUAGCUUACGUCAAAUUAGCUAUCUUAUUUAGCUGCCUUCGCAAUUUUAGCUUUUUAAACCCAAUUGGUUAGCUUAGCAUUUUUAGCUUCAGUUCAUUUAGCAAUUUUAGCUCUUAAAGCCAGACUAGCUAUUAGCAUUUUUCGCUGAUUAAAUCAAUUUAGCCACCUUAGCAUUAUUUUUUUCUUUUAUCUUUUUUAGCCUGAUUAGCUGUCUUAGCAUUUUUAGCUUAUUAAGUGACUUUAGCUAUUUUAGCUUAUUUCAGUUUAGCUGUCUCAAGAUUUAUCAAUUUAGCUUUCUUAGCAUUUUUAGCUUUUUAAACCAUAUUAGCUCUUUUAGCAGUCUAUUUAGCCACUUUAGCUUCGGUAGCUAGGUUCGCGUUCGUUGUCUCGGAAACAUUUGGGAACGCGUUUGUCGUGGUUUACGAAAGUGAAAAAGGUGGUAGGUUUUUUUCGGGUGUGGAACAUGUUUGCCGUGGAAACGUCAAUAAACGGAAUCAAUCAAUCGAUCGCGUCUUUAUUGAUUCGAAACAAAGCGCCUGGUUGCUGUUAGCUAACAAACCGUUAGCCAGGACUGUUCAUGCUGAGCUGGGUGACUCAGCGGAUCCAGCUGAAGCUAACCAUGCUAACAGUGCCGGGGGAACCGACUUGUGCUUCCCCGUCUCGCCGUCGGGCCGGGUCACGUUCAGCUGGGCGAAGUGCACCCUGGGUAAAAAAAAAAAAAAAAAAAAAAAAAAAAAAAAGAGAACGUGUUGGAACCGGGUGCUAGCGAGGAAGCUAAAGGACGCCCGUGUUAGCGUGCUAGCUACGUGAAGUCCUCUGGGAUGAACCUGGUGGGCGGAGCCAGGAAUCCCUACAGACGACUCCACAGAUCUACAACAUAUAGAAUGAACCUUAUUUACGCUUCUAUAGAUCUACAACAUAUAGAAUGAACCCUAUAGACACUUCUAUAGAUCUACAACAUGUAGAACGAACCCUAUAGAUGCUUCUAUAGAUCUACAACAUAUAGAAUGAACCUUAUUUACGCUUCUAUAGAUCUACAACAUAUAGAAUGAACCUUAUUUACGCUUCUAUAGAUCUACAACAUAUAGAAUGAACCUUAUUUAUGCUUCUAUAGAUCUACAACAUAUAGAAUGAACCUUAUUUAUGCUUCUAUAGAUCUACAACAUAUAGAAUGAACCUUAUUUACGCUUCUAUAGAUCUACAACAUAUAGAAUGAACCCUAUAGACACUUCUAUAGAUCUACAACAUGUAGAACGAACCCUAUAGAUGCUUCUAUAGAUCUACAACAUAUAGAAUGAACCUUAUUUACGCUUCUAUAGAUCUACAACAUAUAGAAUGAACCCUAUAGACACUUCUAUAGAUCUACAACAUGUAGAACGAACCCUAUAGAUGCUUCUAUAGAUCUACAACAUAUAGAAUGAACCCUAUUUAUGCUUCUAUAGAUCUACAACAUAUAGAACGAACCCUACAGACGCUUCUAUAGAUCUACAACAUAUAGAAUGAACCUUAUUUACGCUUCUAUAGAUCUACAACAUAUAGAAUGAACCCUAUUUAUGCUUCUAUAGAUCUACAACAUAUAGAAUGAACCUUAUUUACGCUUCUAUAGAUCUACAACAGAUAGAAUGAACCCUAUAGACACUUCUAUAGAUCUACAACAUGUAGAACGAACCCUAUAGAUGCUUCUAUAGAUCUACAACAUAUAAAAUGAACCUUAUUUACGCUUCUAUAGAUCUACAACAUAUAGCAUGAACCCUAUAGACACUUCUAUAGAUCUACAACAUAUAGAAUGAACCUUAUUUAUGCUUCUGUAGAUCUACAACAUAUAGAAUGAACCUUAUUUACGCUUCUAUAGAUCUACAACAUAUAGCAUGAACCCUAUAGACACUUCUAUAGAUCUACAACAUGUAGAACGAACCCUAUAGAUGCUUCUAUAGAUCUACAACAUAUAGAAUGAACCCUAUAGACACUUCUAUAGAUCUACAACAUGUAGAACGAACCCUAUAGAUGCUUCUAUAGAUCUACAACAUAUAGAAUGAACCUUAUUUACGCUUCUAUAGAUCUACAACAUAUAGAAUGAAGCCUACAUACGCUUCUAUAGACCUACAACAUAUAGAAUGAACCCUAUUUAUGCUUCUAUAGAUCUACAACAUAUAGAAUGAACACUACAGACGCUUCUAUAGAUCUACAACAUAUAGAAUGAACCUUAUUUACGCUUCUAUAGAUCUACAACAUAUAGAAUGAACCUUAUUUACGCUUCUAUAGAUCUACAACAUAUAGAAUGAACCUUAUUUACGCUUCUAUAGAUCUACAACAUAUAGAACAAACCCUAUUUAUGCUUCUAUAGAUCUACAACAUAUAGAAUGAACCUUAUUUACGCUUCUAUAGAUCUACAACAUAUAGCAUGAACCCUAUAGACACUUCUAUAGAUCUACAACAUAUAGAAUGAACCUUAUUUAUGCUUCUGUAGAUCUACAACAUAUAGAAUGAACCUUAUUUACGCUUCUAUAGAUCUACAACAUAUAGCAUGAACCCUAUAGACACUUCUAUAGAUCUACAACAUGUAGAACGAACCCUAUAGAUGCUUCUAUAGAUCUACAACAUAUAGAAUGAACCCUAUAGACACUUCUAUAGAUCUACAACAUGUAGAACGAACCCUAUAGAUGCUUCUAUAGAUCUACAACAUAUAGAAUGAACCUUAUUUACGCUUCUAUAGAUCUACAACAUAUAGAAUGAAGCCUACAUACGCUUCUAUAGACCUACAACAUAUAGAAUGAACCCUAUUUAUGCUUCUAUAGAUCUACAACAUAUAGAAUGAACACUACAGACGCUUCUAUAGAUCUACAACAUAUAGAAUGAACCUUAUUUACGCUUCUAUAGAUCUACAACAUAUAGAAUGAACCUUAUUUACGCUUCUAUAGAUCUACAACAUAUAGAAUGAACCUUAUUUACGCUUCUAUAGAUCUACAACAUAUAGAACAAACCCUAUUUAUGCUUCUAUAGAUCUACAACAUAUAGAAUGAACCUUAUUUACGCUUCUAUAGAUCUACAACAUAUAGCAUGAACCCUAUAGACACUUCUAUAGAUCUACAACAUGUAGAACGAACCCUAUAGAUGCUUCUAUAGAUCUACAACAUAUAGAAUGAACCCUAUAGACACUUCUAUAGAUCUACAACAUGUAGAAUGAACCUUAUUUACGCUUCUAUAGAUCUACAACAUAUAGAAUGAAGCCUACAUACGCUUCUAUAGAUCUACAACAUAUAGAACGAACCUUAUUUAUGCUUCUAUAGAUCUACAACAUAUAGAAUGAACCUUAUUUACGCUUCUAUAGAUCUACAACAUAUAGAAUGAAGCCUACAUACGCUUCUAUAGAUCUACAACAUAUAGAAUGAACCUUAUUUACGCUUCUAUCGAUCUACAACAUAUAGAAUGAACCUUAUUUACGCUUCUAUAGAUCUACAACAUAUAGAAUGAACCCUACAGACGCUUCUAUAGAUCUACAACAUAUAGAAUGAACCUUAUUUAUGCUUCUAUAGAUCUACAACAUAAUCAAAGAAGUAAAGAAAAAAGCAUAAUAACAACAAAAGGAAAAUCUUACUUCCUCUUGGAUGCCCCCUGCUGACCUGUUGCUGAAGUACAAUUCUGAGCACAUUUUUUUUUCCAUCAGCGAGUUUCCUGAAUGACGCAGCGGACUUGUUCUUUUGAAACGCAGCUGUCGUUUUCAUAAAGGGACGCAGAAGAAGAACAGACUUGAACAAAUUAAAAUAAAGAAAUUUGAGAAAAAAAAAAAAAAGUUUGUCGUGGGCGAAGCACAGGAAUAAGGUAAGCGACUGAUCUGUUUGAGAAAUGUAAA